GUUCGAAUAUAUCACUACACAGAUAUAUUGUGCUCGGACGGGAGCAACAGACUUAUUAACUCUACCGUCUUACCUCAGUGGAGUUGAAAUGCCGAGUUCCUAGCUACUAAUGUUGCUCAGGAAGGUCAAUCCUACAUGCCUAGGGGCGCUUCUAGCUCAUUCACGACGAGCGUGUGUCAUUGUCCCUAACCUUCCAAUGGACGUAUUUUGGGGUGAUCACAUUUAGCGAUGCUAUAGCCACGGCCAUCAGGCACAAGCUGAUUGGCUGAUUGAGCCGAAUUGGAUGAGCUGAUUGGCUGAUUGAGCACUAUCACACUACGUCACGCGAAGGCGAUAACAUCGCAGAAAGGAAUCGUCCGAGAAUACGUCUCCAACUUAAAGUACGCUCUUCUUUGACACCCACCGGCGGUUGAGCGUCUUCGACACGUGGGCACUUUUUUUUUUUUUUUUUUGCGGAGAAAAAGCGCGACUGCCGCUCUUCGCCAUUGGCUCAGUGUGGUGGCGGCGCGCGCGCCCCUAUCGAUCCGCGGGAAAGUGGAAGCCGCUAAGCGACCGGCCCCGCCGUACACCUCUUUGCCAGUCGAGUCUCGGACACUGACCGGCGCGCAACUGCAGAGAGAACUUCUCAGUCAGUUCCCGCGCCCUCUCUGGCUUCCGCUAGCAAGAACCGCCGGAGUAAUUGCCGCUCCACUUGCUGCUAAGUUCGCUGUAAAGUUACGGCGGAGGAAUUCUAAUAUGAGCAUCGCCUCUCCUUAAGGCAACCUUAAAGCAAAAAAAGCAGUUAAUUCUGCUGUUACAGUGUGAAUGUCCAAAAGUCUCUGCAGGAGCACGUGGAAAACUUGUGGAUUGAAAGUCUUCUUCAGCGCGACGAGAACGCUGCGAGAAAUGAACUGUCGGUACAGUCGCUCACGCCGAAUUGUCGAAGCAUUGUCGCCGAGUGAGACUGGCGCUAUUUUGCUCGCCAAUGUGCUUACCUCGAGGUGAAGUUCCUCGGCGGCAUUAUUAAGUGACCGUCGCAUCGGAAGUGGGACACUUGCCUCUUCAGCUACAUCGUCGUGCUCGGGGAGGCUCACUGGCGGCGCUCCAUCUUCUUUCACAUUCGUCAUGUGGCCCCGUGGUACCGGAAGCAACGACACCGUGGGCAACCUCCCGUCGGACAACGAGGGCUACUUCGCCGGCGUUCAGAGCAGCGGGAACACGUCCGCGGCGGCCACCGCAGAAGACGCGCAAGUUGUCGAAGAACUCUCGUUCAGCACGCUGUCUCUGGUGCAGGUAGUCGUGUACUGCAUCCUCUUCGUUGUGGCUGCCGGAGGAAACGUACCUGUGUUCGUCACGUUGCUUCGCAACCGGCAUCGCAAAUCGCGCAUCAAACUCAUGAUCAUGCACCUGGCCAUUGCCGACCUGAUCGUGACGUUCGUGAUGAUUCCCGUGGAGGUGAUUUGGCGCAUCACGGGUCAAUGGGUGGCGGGCGACCUUAUGUGCAAACUGAUGCAGACGAUGCGCGCCUUCGGGCCCUACCUCUCCUCGGCCGUGCUGGUGUGCAUCAGCGUGGACCGAUACUUCGCCGUGCUGCACCCGCUCAAGGUGCAUGACGCGCACCGCCGCGGAAAGAUCAUGCUCGGCGUCGCCUGGUACGCCAGCCUCGUGUGCAGCGUGCCGCAGGAAACUGGCGGGGUCACAUGUGCUCUCACGCCCCCGUGGCACCCUGCCAUUUUCAGCAGCGUGGACAACACCAACAUGGAGGACUGGCUGACGACAUAUGAGAGUGUAAGUGCCCACAACAAAUUGGACGAUCGCGCAAAACUGAGCAACGUGCCCUUCUAUCUCGCGGGUGUGACCAGUCUCUGGCACAACAACCAUGAGAGAGAUCUUCCGAUGCGGUCCUCGUUCAAGACCUCUUUAGGGGGUGUGCUUCAUCGACCUUCUGUGCGCAAGCUACGUGCGGAAUCGUGUUUGCAAAAACAUGCACAGCAGCCGGGUAAAACACAGGGCAACAUAGGCAGCAGAGAGGUGCAUCGGGCGGCCUGGGAGCUGACGCAAUUCGACCACGAGCGGUAG